AGGCCCCGCCUCUUCCGUCGAGACCGACCAAUGGCGUUCAAGCUCCGAAGUCGAGCAAACAUUCCCUUUAUUCGGUUUAUGUUGCGCGAUGUUUACACUUGUUUCCUGCUGAAUAUGUAACAGAUAAACUCAUCGGAAUCGAUUGUGAUCGAUGCAUCUGAUUGGAUGAGUUUUCUUCCGGGAGCUUCCGUGUUUUUAAAGAAAGAAAAAGCCUCGUCGACGUGUCUCUAAGCUGCAGGAGCGAACCUGAGCUAGCUGCAGGAGCUAGCUGCGGCGCUCUCGUGCCGUUUUGACUGAAGAACAACGUUUCGAGCAAAGUGACGUCAUCUCGGUACCGACAUGACGUCAGCCUCCGCCAAGGUCGGGGAAAUCUUCUCAGCAGCAGGAGCCGCUUUCACCAAGUUAGGAGAGCUGACGAUGCAGCUGCACCCGGUGUCUGACUCCAGCCCUGCAGGGGCCAAGUGGACGGAGACGGAGAUCGAGAUGCUGCGUCUGGCGGUCCGUCGGUUUGGAGACGACCUGAACAACAUCAGCACUGUGAUCAAAGAGCGGACUGUAGCUCAGAUAAAGAGCACCGUGAAGAGGAAGUUGUACGAGGACAGCCGAGUCCCCAUUUCCUCUGAGACGCCGAAGAAGACCGUCAAGAAAACCUCCGUGGCUCUGGCGCCCGCCAUGCCGACGGGCAUGCAGAACAACCCCUCGCUGGCCCCUCCCAUCAAGAAACAGAAGACGGCAGACGUGACUCUCAGCGCUCUGAACGACUCUGACGUGAACAGCGACCUCGUGGACAUCGAAGGACUCGGCGACGGCUCCUCAAACAAGAAACUCAACUUUGACCAAGAGAGCCUGAACCUGGACUCCAGCCUCAUCAUGAACUCCAGUGACCUCCCCCUCUUGUCCCGCUGACCUUUGACCUCUCAGCUGAGAAUCCACAAGCAUCAAGUCUCAAAAACUCUGCUCCUGUUUCAUCUGUCCACAUUUAAAUGACUCCAAUGUGAGGAUGUUAAAGUUGAGUAGUCAGAGGAACACGUCUAUUAUCCUUUAUGAUGUUUUUACAGACACUUCGUCCUCUUUUGAACUUUAAACUUCAGCUUUUGUUGACAGAAUUACACAAUUACGCUCCGUGCUGUUUUCCGUGAAGCCGUAAAUCGUCUCUCUACCUAUUUCAUCCUCGAAUAAUUUAAUGCCUAAAAAUAAUGAUUCACAACUUUACAUUUGAGUUUUUCUGAAUGUAUGAACAAUAAAUACGAGGUGACGAUUUAAAGAUGUUCCCCGAAUCCCCAAAGACUCCAAGUACAUUUUAUCUUUGCGUCAAGUAGGACGAUACCCAGAUAAAAUGUAUAAAACUUCAUAUUUACUUUAUCUGAUGCAUGCAAAAUAUUAACACGUAUCUUUUAAUGAAAAUAUUAAAUAUGGGCAGAAACAUUUUUUAUUUCUUUUGUUUGGAUUCAGGUAAAAAUAGACACACACAAAAAAGAGUCUUUGAGAAUUCUGGGAAUAUGGUUUUACAACAUAAAUAAUUGGCAGCGUACCGGUCGUCAAUAUCAGUAAUCUCCUAAAACAGCUGUUUCUACCAAACAGUUGGGGACUACUUUCAGCGGCGUAUUAAUCCACAUUUGAUGCUCUGGUGAGAAUUUACUGACGAGAAGAAAUCUGUAGAAGAUCCAGACUUGUGCUUUAAGGCGUCGGCGGUCCUGAUGGUCGGCGAUCAUGACGUCAACAAAUCAACUUUUGGACUUGAACAUUUGACCAAUCAGCGGCUGUGAGAUGUAAAAACGACGUUUUGAUUAUGUUAAGUAAAAAAAACUAAACUAG